GCCCGCGCCCUCAUGUAUCUUUCUUCCGCCAAGUACUUCUCUGGAUUUCAUCUUAAGCCUCAUUGCCAUGCCCCAUAAACGUGCCAAACGAUCCGUCCGGGAAAAAUCUCGUUCAGAAGCUGGUGCAGACCUUGCUCCGGAGAAGUAUGCUCUGAGCAAAGAAGAGAUUCCCAAGAGCCUCUCUAGGGUCCUGAACGCAGCAAAAAUUCAAGGGGAAUGGAGACAGAAAUACAAACGAGGGUCCGAGGAUGUAGGUCUUGACGGCGCUCCGCCGAAGAAAAAGCAGAAGAAGAAUCCCGUCGGUAGUGCUGAUGCAGACAAUAUGCAUAUCAAACCCGGAGAGUCUCUUGCGCAUUUCAAUAGGCGUGUAGAAACCUCCAUGCGCGGAACCGUUCGUGCAGCUAUGCAGACAUCAUCUGCAGUUGCACGAAAAUCUCGGAAGGAGGAAGAGGCGCUUGCCAAAGAGAAGAAAGCGAGUACUAAGCCCGCAGCUCCAACCAAAAGCUCCAAAGUCAAGUGUGCAUCAGACGAUGAGGGUGACGAUGAAAAGUUCGCACCCUCUAAGUCAACGCGACCAAAGGAUUUCACUCUCCUGUCGACUUCUGCUCCUCGGCGGCUGAAUGACAUCGUCCAGGCACCCCCGGAAUUCAAGAAACUCCCUCGGGGCGCAAAGGCGAAGUCCACUACCCCAUCGUCAACGCGAGGUCUCAAAGAGGGCGUCCUUUCUAUGGCUCAGAAGGCCAUGAUGGAGGAGGAGCGUGAGAGGGUAAUAACGUUAUAUCGGGAGAUGAAGAAGAAGAACUUAGGAGAUACGUAGUCGAUAUCUUGGUGUGAGUCUGAAUUGGCUAUCCUCCAAACUUCGGCUUCGGGGAGUAACAGUCCUUGCAAUUCUUUCCUAUGGAUACGGACAUCUCCCGAAUCCUGCUCUCACACGAGGAGUUUCAGACAAGGGAUGAUCGAUGACAUCCUAACUACUGCAGAUGGACUUGCUGCACUGGUAGUUUCGUCGCAGGAAUACUUUUCUGUUUGCGCCAUUGUCGUCAUGCAUGUUAUUCAGGGCAUGACAGGCAUUGCCACACUAUGUACUACAUAGCAACCAAAGAUUGUAUUGUGUGUACGAACGAGCUACUUUGCACGAGGCA